CCGCCUCCGCCACCGCCAGCACACGGUUCAGGGCAACGGCGAUGGUAAGCGGGUGGCAGCAGCAGCCAGCGGUGGUGGUGGUGGUGGUUUCUAUUUGCGCGAUGAAGAGCUUGCGGCGUUGAUUGAGGCGGCUGCCGCACCUCCUCCAUCUUCUUCCGCAGUUGGCCCCGUGGAGGUUGAAAGCAGCACUAACGGCUGCAGCGGCAGUGGAAGCGGUAACGGCAGCAGCAGACCCAUGGGUCAGACAGUUAACGAGACGGCGGUGAUGAUGACAACCGGCGCUGGUGGCGGUGGCGGAGGAGGCAGCGGAGGAGGCAGCAGCCUUCUGCGUAAACACAUGCACGCUUCCCUGAUGUCGACUCUCACCUCCACAAUCAGCUAUUCCGGCGGCGGUAGCGGCGGCGGCCCAGAGGCCCCAGCGUGCGGCCAACGACCGCCGUCGCAGUCGGUCUGGCAAGUCGGGAACCAUGCCAGUGGUGGUGGUGGUACUACUGCCGGCGGUGGCGGCGGCGGUGGCGGCGGCGAGAAAGGAGGUAGCCUAGCGGAUGGCGAGGAGGGCGCUGUUUCGAAGGGCGCCCUGGUAUCAGUUGUCGACCUGCAGAGGACCUUGUUGGAGGAGCGACGGAGCCUGGGGUUGCCUCAGAUGCUGCAGGCGUUACGUCGCCACUGCCCGCAGCUCACUCGCAGCUCGGCGGCCGAGCGACUGCUGCAGCCGCCGCCCACUCGCCGGCUGCAGGAGCCGCCCCUUUACCGCGCUCCUCCGUCGCUACCACCACCCCAGCACCAGCAGCCACAACAGCACCAGCAGCCACAACAGGGCUGGCUGCAGCAGCACCCGCAGCAGCACCCGCAGCAGCAGCAGCCGCUGGCACCAGCAUGGCCCGGUGAGGGGCAACCACCCAUGAGAUCCCAUGCAGGGCUGGAACCGCAACAGGGCUGGAACCGCAAUGCAGCUGCCGGUAACCAGGUCUACUGGGGUAACGGCGGAGGCGAAGGAAGCGGCGGAGAUGCCGACGCCCUGGCGGCUGCGGAGUUGGCUGCGGCAGCAGCGCCGUACGGUCCAGUGGAGCGUGCGGGACGCCUCAUGCGGCCGUUGUAUGCCCACCAACCGUCGCCAACGACCUCAUUAAGGGCUACUAACGGUUACGGCGAUCCACCGUACGGGAAUGGCGGCGGGAGUUGGUACGGCGGAUACGGCGGAGUCCCUGAGGGAAGCUUGUACGACGGUCGAGGCUAUCAUGACGCUGGAGUGCCGUACCAACCGCAGCCCCAGACCCAGCCGCAGGCCUAUCAACAGCCUCCUCCUUACCAACCGCCGCCGCCGGAUCCGCAUCACGUGUCGUACACACCACACCCCCACUAUCAACCGCCGCCGCCGUACCAACCGCAAGACUACCCGUGGCAACAGCAGCAGCAGCACCCGCGUUGGGAUGGGCUGGGUGCGGGGCUCCACUCAACCCAGUACGGCACCAGGGCACCGAUCACAACCGACAACGGUAACCGAAAUGUAGCCGCCAGGCUUCGUUCGGCGCUCCAUCCGGGUAGCAUGACGCGGGAAGAGCCCGCAGCCACUACAGCUACAGCAGCUGCUGCUGGUGCAGCGGCAGUAGCAGUGGCAGGGGCAGAGGAAUGCGAAGGAGCGGCUGAGGCAGAGAAUGAUACCGCUGUUCCUGCUGUUGUUGUUGCUGCUGCAGCCGACGAUCUGUUUAUUAGUAAUAGGGAUGUAGCUCAACAGGUACGGCAGCGGUUGCGGGAAUCUCGGCCAAAGAGCACUGGGGAGCAGGUCGCACCAGGGGAACCUGCAGUAGCAGCAACCCCACCAGCUGCUGCUGCCUCCGCUGCUGCCUCCGCUGAUGCGGCUGGGGAGGAGGAGGACGGCGGAGAAGAGCGGGGGAAGCAAGAGGCGGGUAACAGGGACGUGGCAGGACGGGUACGACAGAGCUUGAAGAAAGCCAAGCUAAAACCUUCCACGCAAGCCGGUGAAAUGGUGGACUGUACGGCAGCAGCUGCUACAGCCUCUACUGCGGCACCAGGAGCAGGGGCAGCGGCAGAGGCCUCUGCGCCCGAGCCCUCGCCCCCAUCCUGCCCAUCCACCCUUCCCACUGCUGCUCUUGGAACUGGUGUUGAGCCGGGCAACGGAAGUCCUCCACAACUGCCGGCGGCGGCCGCCGCCGCUGUUGAUACCUACCUUGCCGAACUACAACAGUACGACAGCGCCGCCGCCGCCGUUGCCGUUGCCACAGCUGGCAAUGCAGCGAAUGCAAGGCCCAACGGAGGCAGCAACGAACUCGAACCGCCGCCGCCAGCGUGCCUUCGUCCCGUACGAACAUCUCCCGACUCUUCUUCUCCUGUCGUACCACCCUCUUCACCCUCAUCUCCCUUGGCCUCGGCCUCUCCCCAAACCGCUCCACAACCUGUUCCCUCGUGUCCCGCGGGAGAUGUGUCGCUCCUCUUUCUCGGCACUGGCAGCGCCGAGCCGUCAAAGUACCGCGGGGCGAGUGCGGUGCUGGUGCGGGGCGUGGGUCCGACCCGCGGGUCGCUGCUCAUUGACGCGGGGGAGGGCACCUUUGGGGCCAUGGUGCGCUGGCUGGGGCCGCAAGCAGCGGCGGCGGAGGCCGCCUCCCUCUCCCUGGUCUGGCUCUCCCACAAGCACCCGGACCACAUCCUGGGGCUGCCGGCGCUGCUGGAGGCACGAGCCAGGCACCAGCAGCAGCAGCAGGCCGCAGCGGGCAGGAUGCGGACAACAGCAGCGGCAGGAGGGGCGGCGGCUGGCAGAGAUGGCGAUGUGCAUGUGCAUUCGCCGCAGCCGCAGCAGCCACCACCGCUGCUGGUGGUGGGGCCGCAGGAGGUGGCUGACUGGCUGGCCCGGGUGGCCCCCUUGCACCCCACCUGGCGCUUCACCUUCCUACACUGCGCGGAGUUUGUGGGUCGGGGCGGCGGCAGUGGGGGAAGCAGCAGCAGCGGUGCAUAUGUGCAAGCGGCACCCCAACCAACAGCUGCUGUUGCGGCGACAAAUGCAACCACGGCGGCGGUGGCAGCGGCGUCGACCCCCGCCGUUCCGAGCUGUGCUUGCUGUCCUCCCCUGCUACUUGGCGGCAACACGUCUCAGUGGCCGCAACCGGCAGCAGCAGCAACCCAGCAGUCUCCCUCCUCCUGGCCUCCUGCCGAUCGCCCCGGGCCACCGCCUGCCCCCUCGCAGCGCCCGCAUCAGCCCAGUGCCUCCGCACGGCUGAGGUACCACCAACAGCGGAAGGCACUCAUGCGGGCAGCUGCAGCGGUUCCUCCUCCUGCCUCUCCUCAUGCGCAGCAGCAGCAGCAGCAGCCCUGGCCUUGCUGGCAAGAUCAGCAGCAAUCGCAGCAGCAACAACCGCGCUACCAGCAACGUCAGCCACCACGACCGCAACACCCCUCGAACACCCGGGCAGCCGCACCAGCAGCAGCAGCAGACCGUGCAGCCGCCGCUGCGGUGUGCGGUUCGUUGGGGUUGGUUGGUUGGCAGUCGGUGGGUGUGCACCACUGCCGGGAUGCGUGGGGGCUGGUGCUGGAGCAUGAGGCGGGGUGGAAGCUGGUGUAUUCGGGCGACACGCGCCCCUGCCCCGCGCUCAUCUCCGCGGGCCGCGGCGCCACCCUGCUGGUGCAUGAGGCCACCUUCGAGCCCUGCCUGCUGCCCCAGGCGCGCAGCAAGCGGCACUCCACAUCCGCGGAGGCGGCGGAGGUGGCGGCGAC